CGCGGGGCUCUAAAGCGGGGCGCGGGGCGGCGCGGCGCACACGGCCAUGGCUGCCGCCGCCCAGUACCUGCCGCGCGGCGCCGCGCUGCUGCACCCCGACGGGGAGCGGCUGCCGCAGGCCGCCACGUACCGCGACGUGCAGAAGAUGAUGCACCACGACUACCUGCAGGGGCUGGCCCCCGCCGCUCUGCCGCACCACCAGUGGCUGCCCAGCGCCGGCACGGAUUGGGGCAGCGGGGGCGGCGGAGGAGGAGGAGGAGGCGGCGGGGGACCCCCCGGCGGGGCGCACCUGGCGGCGGCCGAGCACGGCAAGGGCGGCCCGGGGGGGCCCCGAGACGAGCUGCCCCCUCCGCCGCCUCCGCCGGCCGCUUUCCACCACCGGCCGCACCUCGUGCACCAGGCGGCGGCGGGCGGCGCGGCGGGCGGCUGGGCGCAGGGCGGCGCGCACCACCUGCCGCCCAUGUCGCCGCCGUCGGGGCAGCCGCUGCUGUACGCGCAGCCCUACGGGGGGCUCAACGGCAUGCUGGGCCCGCCCGGCCCCGCGCUGCACCACGGGCUGCGGGACCCGCUGGGAGCCGAGGAGGCCGGGGGCCACGAGCUGGCGGCUUCGCCGCCGCCGCUGGGGCCGCCCGAGCCGUCGGACGAGGACGCGCCCAGCUCCGACGACCUGGAGCAGUUUGCCAAGCAGUUCAAGCAGCGGCGGAUCAAGCUGGGCUUCACGCAGGCCGACGUGGGGCUGGCGCUGGGCACCCUGUACGGGAACGUCUUCUCGCAGACCACCAUCUGCCGCUUCGAGGCGCUGCAGCUGAGCUUCAAGAACAUGUGCAAGCUGAAGCCGCUGCUCAACAAGUGGCUGGAGGAGACGGACUCCAGCACGGGCAGCCCCACCAACCUGGACAAGAUCGCGGCGCAGGGCAGGAAGCGCAAGAAGCGCACCUCCAUCGAGGUGGGCGUCAAGGGCGCCCUGGAGAACCACUUCCUCAAGUGCCCCAAGCCCUCGGCGCACGAGAUCACCUCCCUGGCGGACUCCCUGCAGCUGGAGAAGGAGGUGGUGCGGGUCUGGUUCUGCAACCGGCGGCAGAAGGAGAAGCGCAUGACGCCGGCCGGGGGCCCGCACCCCCCGAUGGAGGACGUUUACGCACAGGCGGACACCUCGCCGCUGCACCACGGGCUCCCCGCCGCCGUGCCCUGACUGCCCCGGCCCCGCCGCCGAGCCCCGACGGCGGCGGCGGAGCGGGAGCGGCCGCCCUUAUAAUUUAUUCCUCGGACUGGCCCGGCCCGGCCGCCCGCCCGCAGCGCUAUUUAUUGGGGCGCCGGCCGCAGCAGAAGUAGCCAAAGGUUUGCGAUCUCUAAUUUAUUCCCUCCCCCCGCGGGGCCGCCGGAGCCCCCGCUGCGGCCGCCGGGCUCGCCCCGAGGGCGCUGCGCCGCGCUCCCGGCCCGUUUCUAUUUAUUUUCUAACCGUGCGCGGAGCUCUGCCCCUCCCGUUGGUAGGUUCGGUUCGUUCCCCCACCCCACCCCCUCCCCUUCCCCUUUGGUUUCGGUUUUUUGUUUGUAUCUUUAUUGCAAAAACCACUGUAGACUGCGAGGGUGCGUUUCUAUUUAUGUUAUAGUAAAUAUUUUAUUACUUACAUAAACCAUUUACCCAGGAACCCGUCUCGUGUCAUCUUUGCGGGCUGCGGGGACGGGACCGGGCUCCCGAGGUGACCCCCGAGGUGUCGCCGUUGUCCCGAGGCUGCCCCCGUUGUGCCCCCGCUCCCCGGGGGCUCCGUCGGGGCGUUUGUGCGAGCGGCCGCGGCGCUGGGACGCGCGGCGCUGGGGGUGCGGAGCCUUUCGCUGCCCCGACCGCAACUUUUUGCCGUCCAGGAAGCAUGACUUCUCCCCUCUUCUCACCGAAAUAACGCACCGCGGGGUAGCGAAGAAGACUCCCUCUCCUCACCCCAAGCGCGCUCCGGGGUUUUCCGAUGCCACCGCUUUCCCCCUCCUUGGUUCCGUGCCCCGCUGGUUUGUGGUUACGCCAAGAGAGGCUGAAAAUGUCGCUGCCGUGCUCUGUGGAAGGAUCAGCUCGCAGCCCUCCUUAACCUCUUCUCUUGCAGCAGACGCCAAGAAAAGUUGCACGUGAGGAUUGAGAUUGCCUUUGCGGGUCCUUUGAUUCCGGUGGUGUUUUGUGUGUGUCGGGAGAACUUUUGAAACGUGCCUAUGCAGAGCUCUUGCACUGGGGAAAUACUUUGAAAUCCGGUGGUAAAGCACCAAAUGCUUUUUUUUAUUUAGCAGAGAACUUAACCUAUGGUCUUGAACGUCUGGCACUUGCUAGUUUCCCUGCUCGACCCUUGGUGCAAAGUACAUGCUGUGAAAGAGCAGGCUGAAAAGGGAUCUCCUAGCGAUAACCCUGCGUAUAAAUUCAGAUAUAUAUGUAUUUUUUACAUAUCAAAUGUAAUUUACGCUUUAAAAUCUCCACAUGAAAAUCCUUGUUUGCUACAGCUUGGUUUUGUUGCAUUCUGUGCCUUUGGGGUGUAUCUGUGUGUAAAUUUCCCUGAGCAGCAGCGCAUUUGCAGUAGAUCAUGCUAUGAAUUCUUGCGUUCUCAACAUCUCUCACUGUAGGCAUUCCGCGUUGGACCCUUCAGAAAUACGAAGUGUUGCUCGUUCAAAAUUCUGCUAAACUGUUUUUGAGAUUUUUGAAAUAAAGUCACUCUGAGCA